ACUGGGCAGUUAAAAAUGUCGAAUGCUGUUGAAGUCAGUGGUAUUACUGGUUUUCAACCAAGCGAAUCAGCAGUUGGCAAUGAAGCUGAAAAAUUACAAGCAAUUAUUAUGAACCAUGUUGACAGUGUGCAGAUGCGCGAAAUGUUUUGGAAUAUUAGCCGAAACGUGGAUAUGGAAGAAGUAACUUGCAAUGAAGCGAUAAAGUUGUUAAAAACAAUGACUGAUGAAGAAAAAACGCAAUGUUGCAAAUCGGCUUUGAAUUUGUUGUCAAAUAAAGAUGAUCCACGUUACGUACACAUUGAAAGAAUGCUUUCCGCAAUUUUUAUCGCUGCUUGUAAUGCUGGGACACUAUCUCUAUCAGAAUGUUGUGAAUUACUUAUCUUGAACACAAAUUUUACUUUGUCAACGCCAUUAGACACUCAGAAGUUCGAAUAUAUGCAAAAAAAUUUGCAUCUUAUUGAUUAUAAAGGAUUGAGAAAUCUAUUAAAAUUACUUGUUGUGGAGAGAAUGCAAGAAAUACCACCAACAAUUACACAUUCUCAUCGACAAAUGUUGUUACCUGUAGAAAAUAUGCUCCUUACAAUGAUCGAUCGAAAACUCAAUUUGUUGCCUUGCUUAUUCACCAUUACUGAACUGCAUCGGGUGUCGAAUAAUUCUAGAGCUUUCCUUUUACCGAGAGUGGCAAAAAAAUUCAAUGAAAUGUUCAUAUCAUUUCGUCCUUUGACGGAAAUGGUUACCGUAAUUGGGCGACCAUGGCUCUUUCCACUGUCAGCUCAUGUUUCUUAUCCAUCUAGCGCCUCAUCAUGGAAACUAGAAAUAGUAACAUUUAGACUUCAUCAAAGGGCUCAUCUGCCCUACAAGUCAGAAUUGUUCGCCCCACAGUCAUCUCUUUUAUAUACACUCAUUCGUCAGCCUCGUGGAAAAGAUGCUAUUUCUCAUGUAAUGCGGCAAAGUACCAAUGUGAGUCCCCAACGUAUUCAAUGUGACGAAUUGUUACAUAUGAUCAUACUUGAAGCAAUGAGCGAAAUGGAGAAAACAGAGAUUCGACUUGAUGAUCCUGCAAAUCAAUAUCAGUGGAUGAAUGUUACGCAUACAGUGACAUUUACUUUGCUUCAUGGCAACGCAUCUUUUUCUAGGCUUCUGAAAAUGUUAUAUGAAUCUUUAAUAGAGACUAUAUACCGAAAAGGUAGGAACGAAUUAAUGUGGGUGAUUCUUCAAUAUGUAGCUGUAUAUAUUGCAAAAGUUAGUAAUGAAGAUAUGAUGCGAAUCGCCGAUAUUUAUAGUUUGCUUUACAGUGAUGAGCAGACAUGGUCUGGGGCUGAUACCGAUCCAUUGUUAUUUGUUCGUUUUCUCGUCCCAGCUGCAAUUUGGAUACAUUUCUACAAAAAAUUGGGUAACCAAACAGAUUUGUUGCCAAAGCCGUCAGAAUCUUUAUUUCGACAGAUACAGUUUCUUCAAGAGCGAACGGCUGAUUCAGAUCCAGCUAUUCAAAAUGUGGCUGAUCAUAAUGCAGUAUUAGCAGCUGUGGCUAAUGCAUAUAGCAAUGACAUGCCAAAUUUCCAAAAGUUUGUUCUUUCUGCUGUUGAUAUAUUUCUGGAUGGAUCCGGGGAUGAUGUUGGGCGCUUGCCUUAUGGGGUUCUUUGUUAUCCAAAAAAGAUACCACUGCCUCUUCCUUUAAUUGAUUCGCUUACAUUUCAUGCUCGAAGUCAUCUUUUUCAAUUAUGUAUGGUGAAAAUAACAACCUUGUUGUCUGUUCAACACAAUUUAAAGUAUCCUAGUCCUGCAUCUAUUGAUACUUUGGUGCGUCUCGCAGCGACUACCGAAUUCGAAUAUGGUGUAAAACAGUUAUUAUCUCUUAUGGCAAAAGCUUUGACCACAAUUACGACAAAUGCCAACAUGAAUCCAAAUAGCCAUACAGAUCGCUCCCGAGAACUUUUAUUUAUCCUUUGUGAGAUUUUGUCUUAUCGGUUGAUUAUUUAUCCAGUUCCUGCAUAUUCCAAGGUCAGCGUGAUUCUGCAGUGUUAUUCGGCUAUAAGCUGUCCACAAGUACAAAUGAAUCACACUUUAUAUUCGUCUUUGGAGCAAGUUUUAUUGCGCUAUUGGCUGUGGAAUACACCAUCUGAAUUGUCUGUUAUGUGUAGCGUUUUAUUCGGAAAACAAGGGAAAUUCACUGCUUUAAUUAAUUCACCGAAUUCAUUCUAUGAGCCUCAGCAUAUUUCAACAGUUGUACAUGAACGAACGCAUUCACUACAUAUGUCUCCCGAAGUUUUGCGAUAUAUUCUACUUUCAUUAUUUAGAGGUCUGAAAAUGACAGGCAUCGAAAUGCCUUCUGAAGUUUUGCAGCGUUGUAAUGCAAAUUUCAGUUGGCCGGCUUCUAUAAGUCGAACGUUUAGUGGGCAGAUUUUCGGUUGUACAAUCGAUGAAGGUACUGAUACUACUCAUCUUGAAGAGUUACUGCAUUGUGUGCACCAAGAUGUGCGACAUACUCAAGACUUUCUAUUCAAUCAGGCGAUAACACCUGAAGAACAGCUAAUAAAAUUUUUCACCGUUGAAAAAAGAUGUACCCUUUUCUGCGUUCUUUACAAUAUUGUUUAUGAGACCAAAAAAGUUCAUCCAGUUUUUUAUGGGAUUUUGGGUUCAUUAAACGCAAAGGAGAUAAUUAUCAUGGUCAACAAAUUUGUGGAUUAUUUUGUUUAUUUGCUGAAAAAAAAUUUGCCUGAAGACUCAGCUUUUACUGCGAUGGUUUCUGUUCUUAAUGAUAUGAUUUUCUCAUUUCACCUUAUUCCUUUUGAUCGUCUUUUAAUUUCACUUGUACUUCAUCCAACUGACGAUCGAUCUUCAGAAAUCGCUUUUUUAAUAAUACAUUCACUAGUUAGUACAUUCCCAGAUUUAAGAGCUCGAAUGGCUGCUAUAUCGCAUUAUAUUCCAUCCAAUAAAAUUAUUAACACGAAUUUAUCGUAUUUCAACAAACUGAAUGAAUUUUAUAGCCAACAUCCAGAGUUAACUUAUCGUGAGCUGGAACUGAAAUUGCGACGCGAAAUGCAAAUGGAAAUGGGUAUGCGCCCUAUGGAAUCUACGAUUAUAUCUGAGUGUCAUAUGCCUAUAUAUUAUAGUAAUAUUGUUGAAAGGAUGCUUCCAGUGAUUGAUGUACUACUUAUGCGUGCAUUUGAACCAGUGGUUUCAGACCAGUUAUUCUCAUCUUUAUUGAUGGGAUUCAAAUCUGCUUACAGGUUUCAUCCUCAACCGACUAUGUUCAUGUAUCACGUUCUUUAUACGCAUGAUAAAUGUAUGACACUUGCUGGUCGUGCAAGGUUGUUUGUUUCCGAAAUCUGUGGCCAAUUAGAAGAUAAGUUUUCUUCAAUUUUGCAUAGACUAUUAACAUUUAUUAAUCCAAUAUAUAAGAAUGUUUUAAGUGAUACAAAAUUUGCGAUUGUCUCACCGGCUUUCAUGAAUGAUAAUUAUCAACUUAUUAUGCCCUCACAGCUUUGCCAGACACUAGUAGAUCGCAUUAUACAAUCGUGUUUUUACGCUCAUCAACCACCAUCAUUUGUUUGUAAGGAUUGGCGAUUUGCUGAAAUGCCACCAGCAAGUCAAACUCUUUUAGGAGCAUGCAUAGAAAUUCUUGCUUCACCUCAUCCACCUAAUGUAAUAACUAGAGCACUCAUUGACACUGUUUUCGUUCGUCCUCUUCAUCAGCCUUACGCCACUAUUAAUACAGUUGCAUUGAUAUUAACUUCUCUUCCUUCCCCAUAUCAAAGCGUUUUCUAUGAGCAUAUUGUUUCUGUUCUUGAUUCCGAAACGCUUCUUCAAGCUGAUCCAUCAAUUUGUUUUGAUACUCUUGAAAACGAGUGCUUUUUAUUAACAGAGAGCCAACUUUUAACCAAUAUCGCUCUGGGACAUGCAUAUUUGCAACAUUGUAACACGAGUGCACUGGGUGCUUUACCUGAAUUUGUUCGUGAGCAGUUGGCGCCAAAAUUAAUUACGGAAGCUCAGCUUAUUUUUGUUCUGCGUUUGGUUGUACCAAUUUUACAGCGGUUCUAUGAUGCAAAGGAACGAAGCAAGCAAAUUCAGGAUUUAGCCAUUGAUAUCUAUAAAAUGACUGUGAAGGUAAAUGAACAAGUUGGGACCUUACAGUAUGAAGAUUCAGUAUGUGAUUUACUUUAUCAUAUGAAAUAUAUGUAUGUUGGUGACUUUGUAAAAAAUGAAGCCGAGCAAGCGAUACAGCGUUUAUCACCCUCAAUGCAAGAAAAAUUAAAAUAUAUCUCACACAGCCAAUCAAAUACUAGUGAUUUUUUUCAUGCAUGGAUAAAAAUGCCUAGCAAACAAGCUGAUAUUUCAUUUGCUCAAGCUAUGCGUAGCAUAAGACAAUGUCCGUGGUACUGGGGGAAUCUUACUUGGAUUGAAUCUGAAUUAUUGUUGAAUCAUUCGCAGCCUGGUAGUUAUCUUAUUCGCGAUUCGGCGAGUGAUCGUUGUAUUUUCACUUUAUCAUAUCGCACAGAAAAAUCUGUACAUCAUACACGUUUGCCCCAAUAUGGUGGUCUUUUUUGUCUUGGAGGUUUGCGAAUAUCUUGCAUUUUUGGUAAUUUUAUUUUAUUAUGGGUUUUAUUGUACUUAUGUGGAUCAAGGUGUAGUCCAAAUUCAUUGGUGAAAGCUAAAACAUUAAGAGCUUUUGUUGAGGAGGCAAUAAAAAGUUGUGAAAAACGUGGUAUAUGCAUGUUGAUGCACACAAAAGGUGAUCGAUCGGCUACUGAAAAUGUUGCAUUAAUUCGUCCUUUACAGCGUCAUGAAUUUCUACCACCCCUCAAGUAUCUUUGUCGUUUGGUUAUUCGUCAUUCGGCAAAUCCAACUGCUCUUUCUUCGUUACCGCUGCCACCAACUAUGUUGAACUAUAUUCAAGAUCGACGAUAUAUUUUGCCCCCAUUUGUUUUAGAACUGAGAUGA